AUGAGACUACUUCAGACCUCCGUAGUAGGACUCAUAGGCCUCGUGGCCUUUACGAGUGCCUCGCCUCAAGUUGCGAAGAGAGACUCCCAGUUCAAUAUCGGACAGCCCAUCGACGCCAACGGCAAAGGGGCCCCGAUCCUGGGUGGUACCAAUAACGCAAUCGACAGAGAGAACCCAGAUAACCUCGGCCGGCAAUCCACUGACAGCGGCGUGGUGCCCAACUUGAAAUGGAGAUUCUCUGAUUCCAAAACCCGCAUCUUCAACGGAGGCUGGGUCCGCGAGCAGGUCAUUCAGGACUUGCCUCAAAGCCACGAUAUUGCAGCGGCCCAGCAGCACAUCAAGCGUGGCGCGGUGAGAGAGCUGCAUUGGCAUCGGGUCGCGGAGUGGGGGUUUGUCUACUCUGGCUCGAUUAUCAUUGGAGCCGUCGGCGAAGACGGAAAAAGCCAAGUUGAGCAACUCAACUACGGCGACAUAUGGUAUUUCCCCAAAGGUGCCGCUCACUAUGUGCAAGGAGUUGCUGAAGAAUCCGAGUUUCUCCUGGCCUUCGACGAAGCCGACUUCGACAAGAUUGGAACCACAUUCAACAUUGUCGACUGGCUGGCCCACACUCCGAGAGACAUCUUGGCCAGGAACUUUGGCGUCGACCGUUCCGUUUUUGACAAGCUGCCCGCCUCGAACCCGUACAUCCUGAACGGAACCGUGGCAACCACGAACGUGACAGUUCCUCCGGGGCAGUACCUAUCCGGCAAUAGUUCAUUUGUGUACCGCACCUUUGAGCACCCGCCCGAGAAGGUUCCCGGCAAUGGCGGCGAGUUCAGGAAGAUUGACUCUACCAACUUUCCCAUCGCUAAGACUAUUGCUGCUACCUUUGUCACCCUGAAGCCUGGCGGGUUGAGGGAGCUCCAUUGGCAUCCCAACGCGGAAGAGUGGCUUUACUUCCACAAGGGCAAGGGGAAGGCGACUGUAUUCAUUGGAAGUGCCGCGUCGAGAACCUUUGACUUGGAGGCGGGAGAUACGGCGGCUUUCCCUGACAACAGCGGACACUACAUCGAGAACACCUCUGACACGGAAGACUUGGUAUGGAUCGAGCUGUACAAGUCUGACCGCGUCGUGGACAUUUCUCUGACACAGUGGCUCGCUCUCACGCCGCCUGAAGUAGUCGCGCAGACGUUGAAGGUUCCGAUUGAGUUUGUCAAGGAGUUGAAGCAGGAGAAACAAAUUCUGAUUUGA